UACCCAACAGUAGAGAUGUUUGCUCGGAUUAUAAUAGCGUGUUGUAUUCUGGUAGUUACAACGGCAAAUGUUGUAUCCAAUCACAAAUGUAACAGAAAAUGUGAAGUUGGUAAACAUAUGACCUGCGAGUACAAUUUUACUGUAGAAAAUUACUAUGUCCUUUCGAGGGCAUGCUACCGAUGUCCUUUCAAUUACACCGACUGUUUCCGGCCUCAUUGUGUAUCUACCAAUGGUAAACAAAGACAUCUGCACACCGUCAACCGCCAACUGCCAGGACCUAGUAUAGAGGUAUGUAAAGGUGAUACUAUUAUUGUCUGGGUUAACAACAUGAUCGACGAAGAGUCGGCAACUACCAUACACUGGCAUGGAAUAACACAAACAAACACCAACUUUAUGGACGGGGUACCUAGACUCACCCAGUGCAAUAUUCAGCCGUUUGAAUCAUUCAAGUAUGAGUUUCUCGCGGAGAACGCUGGCACUCACUGGUGGCACUCUCAUUCUGGUGUCCAGUUAGGGGACGGUGUCCACGGUGCCCUGAUAGUAAGAGAGCCGGAGGUUAAUGACCCCUCCUCGAGUCUCUACGACUAUGACAGGUCGGAUCACAUUAUGGUGAUCACUGAUUGGUCAGAGAAACCCGAAAUAUCUACCUAUAUGGAGGAAAUGCAGCACCGCUGGGUUACACCGAAGAUGAUUAAAAUAUUGGUGAAUGGGCGUGGCAGAAAAUAUGAGGUCACAGACUUCGUCAUUAAAGGUGAUGAUACGGUUGCUGGAUAUACGCCUUAUGAAGUUUUCACAGUGUCGUCUGGUGAAAGGUUUCGUUUCCGGGUUAUUGGAGCUACAGCACGAUGCUAUUUCCGGUUGAUGGUUGAAGACCACCAACUUACAGUGAUUACAACCGAUGGAUGGCCAAUCACUCCAUCAACUGUUAACUCAUUCAUGAUACAUCCAGGUGAGAGGUACGACUUUGUGUUGCUUGCCAACCAGACGUCCGGUGACUACUGGAUAAGGAUUCAAUCUUACGGUGACUGUGUGGGUGGUGACAAUGAUGGGCACGGUGCAGCUAUACUGCAUUAUAACGGCUACGUAGGCAAUGAUGAUUACAUGCCAAAUACUAACGUAGAAGAUUUUUCUCAAGAAGGCAUAGUUUUGAAUCCUGGCUCGGAACAGAACACUGACACAAGCAUUCUUCCGCAUGCCAAUAUGAGAUAUGACCCUCCUGACGGACAAACCGAAGACUUCACGGAUGAGAAAGUUGGUCUUAGAUAUUAUAUCAUGUUGUGGUACCAGUCUACAGAUAACUCAUAUUAUAGUCAUCCCGAGUACUACCCGAACCCUGUCAGAUGGGGACUUCUUACUCCAACUCUAAAUAAUCUUACGAUGGUACGUCCAGCUGCACCGCUAGCUACACAGUGGGACGAUGCUGAGAAGAAUUUCUGUAACACGUCAACAAUAAACACGAAAACUCAAUGCAACGAUGACCUUUGUUUAUGCACACACAUGCUGGACAUUCCUAAAGGCGAGGUUGUGGAGUUGUUUCUUAUUGGUGCGGCUGGAGAUCCCCAUCAGAUGCAUCUCCAUGGUUACACGUUCCGUGUUGUUGGUGAAGGAUAUCUGACCAACAUAUCAACAAAUGACUUUCUGAAAAUUGACAUUGAUGACAUUAAGGCCAGGGACGCCAACGGAAACGGGGAAUUCCCGCGCAUGCUCACUAAUCCGCUGUAUAAAGAUACGGUAGCAGUACAGGGACGUGGAGGUUAUACCAUCAUCCGAUUCAAGGCAGACAAUCCGGGUAUGUGGUUUUUCCACUGUCAUUCCGAGGGUCAUUUGAUGCAAGGUAUGGCUAUGGUUAUGAAGGUCGGAGACCCGGGUGACUUUCCCACACCACCUAAAUACCAUCCUAAAUGUGGCGGAUACUCUUUCUACCAAAGACAAAACGAAGAUGGCGGAAGUUCCGGCAGCGCGCGCAAUUUUGCUACAAUUGUAUUCAUUGUUGCAAUAAUUGCUUUACAAAAUGUUUUCUGAACUUCAAACUCACUUGAAAUAUCUUAUUCAAUACAGCAAGACUAUAAAAAUGGUUUAUAUUUUAUUUUAUUUAUUCAAGUGUCAUGACACUAAUAUAAAGUAUCCAUAGUAUAAUAUGAGUUUUAUUGUUAACCUACAAACAUCGUGUGGUUAAUACUUUUGAAGCUUCGUGUCUCCAGGGUAGUGAAAAGAAUCCAAAGAAUCAAAAUAUUAACAGAUUAAUAAAUGUAUAUAUAUCCCAGUACAAAUGCCAUAUUGCACGUUUUAUACACAUAUUGGACUGGAUUUGUUAUUUUACCGCAAUAAUUCCACCCCGUCCCAAAUGCGAUUAUGGGUUGUUUUAAUGUGAUAACUGUGAAUUGUAAAAUCAUGUUUUUUUCUUUAGAUAUUCAUGAAAAGUGCUCGCUAUUUUUUUUACACUACAUCAAUUAUAAGGAAAUCAGUGUACUUCUUAUUUCACCCGACUUAUUUGUUGUGCACAGUCACGCGUGUGUGUUAAUUUUGUUAUAUCAAGCAUAAUUUACCCUGUCUAUCAUGAUAGAUUUUAUUUCAUAAUUUCAUUUUGCUCAUUUAUCCUUACAAAACGAAGAGGGUGAGGAUUUGAAAUAAGAAGAACCUCGCCGUAUCUGACCUUAUACUUUUACUUUCUUGAACGACCUUUUUCCAAUGUUUUCAUAAUGUACACUUUUCAUCAUCUUUUAUUUACAUAUUUUAAUGAAAAUCACGUUAUCGCUGUGUGUUUCUAUGUUUUUCUUCUAAUAUUUUUUUUAUCAUUUCUUGUUGUUAUAAAUACACAU